ACAACCCUAAUUCUCUCUCCUCAACUCACUCUCCCCCUUUCUCUCUCUACAAAUUUUACACUUUACCCCCUGCCACCUUUCAUGGCCGAAUCACAAUCCAAACGCCUCCGCGAAGACGACGUCGUUUCCACAACCGAAACAACAAAACGUCAUAGAAACACUUACAUUAACGACCAACAAGAAACAACCACCACCCAAGAGUUACUAGAUUUCUUCACAAGUCUCUCUUCCGACCCGUUUCUUGUUUUUGCCCCACAACCCGAACCCGACCCAGAUGCUAACAAUAAUAAUAAUAAUAUUAAUGAUGAUGAGAAAGAAAGUGUUAUUAGACACCUUCUUGAAGCUUCUGAUGAUGAACUGGGUAUACCCAGGAGGGCUGAUGAUGACGUCAGCGGCGGUGGUGGUGGGGUGGAUGAUGACGUCACGGGUGGAGGUUGUGAUAUGGUGGAUUUGUGUGAUGGGUUGUGGGAGCUUGAAGAUGAGGCUGCAAAUUAUUACACUUUGUUGCAGUCUGAACUCUUUAUGCAAUAGUUUUAUUGUUUAGGGGUUAGAAGUGACAAUAUACAGAUAAUGUGUGGGGGUGUUAUGGGAAUGAGAGUUUAUCGGAUGUUCAUUUUGGACCCUUUUACUCUAUGAGAGUUUCUGAAUUGCCCCUCAUGUUUUUUCUGUUUAGACUGUUGAAAUUUAGAAAGAAAAGAAUGUGCAUUGUUAGCUAUUAAUUUUUAUUUGUUUAUAUUAA